AUGGAGAGCGGGCAGAGCUCAUCCCGAAGAAGCCGGAAGCUGGGCUCCAGCCGCCGCCGCCGCCGGGGGCAGAUGGGAGAGUCAGCGGACGGCCAGGACACCCCCGGGGCCCCCGAGGCCUGGUCCCCUCAGGCCACGGCGGAGCUGCAGGCCUUCUUCCAGCGCUGUGGCGCCCGGCAGAGGGGCUUCGUCACCCGGGAGGACCUGGUGGAGGCCCAGCUGAGCUUCCUGGGCAGCGAGGAGCCCCGCAUGGUGUUCGACUGGGUGGAUGAGGAGCGGAAGGGCCACCUGUCCCCAGAGGAAUUCAGCUCUGGACUCUGGCACAUCUUUGGCUCAGACCUGAGCCCCCACGGGCUCCGCAGAGGACCAGCGGCCUCUCGGCGGGCACCGGCUUCCACCCGCGCCCCAGCGCUGGAGGAGGCUGAGCCCCGGGACGAGGAGGCGUUCCCGGCCCUGGCGGGACGGCCGGGCGCUGACCACUUCCUUCCUGAGCGGGAGACCUGGCAGCUGUGGGGGGAGCUGCGGCAGGGGGACCCCCAGAUGGCCGAAGCCCUGGAGGGCCUCCUGGCCAAGACCAGCCUCCGCCUGCAGGAGGCCCGGGCGGACAGGGCGGCUCUGGAGCGGUCCCUGCGGAAGCGGGACUCUGACCACCGUCAGGAGAUCCAGUGGCUGUACAAGGAGACGGAGCAGCAGAUAGCCGGGGAGAAGCAGCAGCUCCAGGCACAGAGUGACUCCCGGGACCUGGCCCUCAGCGCCCGCGUGCGGGAGGAGCUGGAGGCCAAGGAGCGAGAGGCGCGGCGGCUGGCGGAGGGCCAGCGGGAGCUGGAGGCCCAGCUCCGCCACCUCAGCGCCGCCCAGCAGGAGGCCCUGUUGGAGAAGAAGCAGCUUCAGGAGGCUGAGCAGGACCUGGCUGGACGGCUGGAGGCGGUGCGGGGCCAGCUGCAGGUGACCAGGGGACACCUGGACGCGGCCCAAGGCCGAGUGUCCUGGCAGAAGGAGGAGGAGCCCAGCCUCCCCAGAGCCAGUGAGAAGACCCAGGUCCCUCAGGCGGCGCCCCCUGAGGACACCCCACUGCCUGGGGUGUUUGGGGACAGGGAUGAUUGGGACCAGCUUCUGAGCACCUUCAGCAGCACCCCACACGGAGCCCCCCAACUCUCCUGGAGCCCGCCCCCCACCCCAACAGCCACCUCUGGCCCCCAGACACCCCGAGUGGUCAGACAGAUCUCCAUCUCGGAGCCCUGCGCUCUGCUGUCUGAUCAGGGGCUGGCUUCGGAGCCAGACGGGGCUCUGAGGAACCCCCCGGGGGGGCCUCCCAGCACCCAGGAUGGAGAAGGAGUGGACCCUGUGGGGAAGGCCAGCCCAGCUCAGCAGCCUGUUGAACCCCAUGGCCUAGGACCCAAUGAGGAACCUGAACCCCACCUUCCGGGGGGUCGCCUGGGAGCCCCAGCUGGGGAGCCAGGGAGCUUGGUGGCAGCUGUCCUCGAAGUGCUCACUCCCUGGGGGGAUGGGUCCCCCCCUUCUCCCUCUCCCCAGGCUCUAGCCGGGCCCAGGCAGGGGGAGGCUAUCCAUCAAGACCUGCACGAGCCAGGCCCUGGGGCCUUCCCAGAAGGACCCACUGAGCCUUCAAAGGGCCUGGGGUCUGUGGGUCAGACUCCCAGAGAGGGGCAGGUGCAGAGCGAUCUGAGCCCCGCCAGGCAGGAAGACGGUGCUGGGGUCCUUGGCGAAGCCGGCUGCAGGGCGGCCGGGCCGGGCGAUGCGGGGGGCCUCCCCGUCCAGGGUGUAGAAGAGGAGCCCAGGGCAGAAGAAGGAAAGCCAGGGGACAGAGGCAGGCUGAGCUCGGCCUCAGAGCAGCCGGCUGGAUCCCUGGAAAUGGGGUAUCCAGAAUCCCCCCAGAAAGCUGCUCAGCCUGGGCCUUCUCCAGCCGACACACCACGGGCUCCAGGAGAGGACGAAGCCCCUGCUCGGGGGGAAGCAGCCGGAUCCCAGGGGUCUGCACAAAGCCCCUCUGCUCAGGCUGAGCUGGAGUCCCACCCCGGACCCCCACCCCUGCCUGCCCAGGCAGCCAGAGAAGCCAGGCCCCUACCAGCCAAGGAGCCAGGGGCGGCGGGCAGGCUGGAAGGCCCGGAGAGGGCCUCGGGGGAGCCUGUGCCGUCCAGCCCUCCGGGGGACCACAUGGCUGGUUCUCCGGCUGACCCUGACCACCUCUUUCACGUCAUCUUCCUGGGGGACUCCAACGUCGGCAAGACCUCCUUCCUGCACCUGCUCCACGAGAACUCCUUUGCCGCAGGGCUGGCGGCCACCGUGGGAGUGGAUUUCCGGGUGAAGAACCUGUGGGUGGACAACAAGCUCUUCGCGCUGCAGCUCUGGGACACGGCGGGCCAGGAAAGGUACCGGAGCGUGACCCGGCAGCUGCUCCGCAAGGCCGAGGGCGUGGUGCUCAUGUAUGACGUCACCUCCCACCAGAGCUUCGCCCACGUGCGCUACUGGCUGGACUGCCUGCAGGACGCAGGGGCGGACGGCGCGGUCAUCCUUCUGCUAGGAAACAAGAUGGACUGCGAGGAAGGGCGGCAGGUGUCCACCGAGGCCGGGCAUCAGCUGGCUCAGGAGCUGGGGGUCUCCUUUGGGGAGUGCAGCGCCGCCCUGGGCCACAACAUCCUGGAACCCAUGGUGAACCUGGCCCGGUCACUGAAGGUGCAGGAGGACCUGGUGAGGAGCUCGCUGGUCAAGGUGGCCCCCGGAGGGCUGCCCAAGAAAGGCCGCUGCUGCUUCUGA